UUGAGUGGCAUGGAGGAAAGUAGCUUCACAUCGUAGAAAUUUAGCGCAGAGCUGCAACGCUCGAGGCGAUUACAAACCCUUGGCAAUUCAGCAGACGGAGUACCCAGAAGAGGUCUUUCUUAAGGGAGAAUCUCCCUCUAUUUGUCGAUUAGGCUAUUCUGAACAUGGCAGGUACUUUUAAACCGGACAUAGCCUUACAUUGUUGUGCAUCUUCUUAACCAAGUUUGCUUGUUUAAUUCCUACUGACGGGGAAAAGUUACGCCAGGACAUCAUAUGCGCUACACACCAGCAUCAGGAAGGUGUGUCAUGUGGAGCUCGAUUCUCCAAAGUGGUAGGUGUUUGCUGAAUCUGGAUGGGAUCUGGGGCAAGCUCGAGCCAUUUACAUCAUUUGCAUGUUCGGUUCCUUGGGUGCUGGAAGAGUGCUGAGGAGACAUGACCUCUGCAGAGAAGAGGCCCAGGAGGUGGUGGUGGCCCGGUUCCUUCAGGUCCAAGUGGACCCCCUGUAGGACCUCACAAGAGCAAGAAGAGGAGCGGCAUGUUCGUGCGAAUGAUCGAGAGUACAACGGGAGAUACAAGUACGCUGAUAACCACAUCAAAACAUCCAAAUACAACAUUUUCACAUUCCUGCCCAUCAAUCUGUAUGAGCAGUUUCAGCGUGUGGCCAACACAUACUUCUUAUGUCUGCUCAUCCUCCAGCUGAUUCCUCAGAUCUCCUCUCUAUCCUGGUUUACCACCAUCGUGCCUCUGGCCGCAGUCCUCACCGUCACAGCUGUGAAGGACGCCAUGGAUGACUAUUUUCGCCACAGGAGUGACCGGCAGGUGAACACGCGGCAGGCUCAGGUGCUCAUCAGGGGAAAACUACAGAAAGAGAAGUGGAUGAAUGUCCACGUCGGGGACAUUAUCAAGCUUGAAAAUAACCAGUUUGUUGCUGCAGAUCUGUUGUUGCUAUCAACAAGUGAACCCAAUGGACUGUGCUACGUAGAGACCGCGGAACUGGAUGGAGAGACCAAUUUGAAAGUGCGGCAGGCCUUGCCUGUCACCUCUGACCUUGGUGCUGACAUCACUCAUCUAGUAGAGUUUGAUGGGGAGGUGGUGUGUGAGGCUCCCAAUAACAGGCUGGACCGCUUCAUCGGGACAUUGACAUGGAGAGGGAGCUCCUAUUCCCUUGACAACCAGAGGAUGCUGCUGAGAGGCUGCAUCCUGAGGAACACAGACUGGUGCUUUGGCAUGGUCAUCUUUGCAGGCCUUGAAACCAAACUCAUGCAGAACUGUGAAAAGACCAAGACUAAACGCACCAGCAUCGACAGACUAAUGAACACUCUUGUCUUGUGGAUCUUUGGCCUGCUCGUGUGUCUGGGCGUCGUUUUGGCCGUCGGAAACUCUAUUUGGGAGUCUGGCGUUGGAAAGCACUUCCAUGCGUAUCUGCACUGGGAGGGGGACAGGGACAGUGCCGUAUUCUCUGGCUUCCUGGCCUUCUGGUCCUACAUCAUCAUCCUCAACACCGUGGUACCCAUCUCCCUUUACGUCAGCAUGGAGUUCAUCCGCCUGGGCCACUGUUGCUUCAUCAGCUGGGACCAGGGCAUGUACCACGCUGGGCAGGACGUGGCGGCUGAGACCCGCACCACCACCCUCACCGAGCAGCUGGGACAGGUGGAGUACGUCUUCUCAGACAAGACGGGCACCCUCACACAGAACAUCAUGGCCUUCAACAAGUGCUCCAUCAACGGCAAGAUAUACGGUGAAGUGUACGACGAGUUUGGACAUAAAGUUGAAAUCACAGAGACAACCCCUUGCGUGGACUUCUCCCACAACCCCCUGGCAGACCCAAAGUUCCGUUUCCAUGACGCCGCACUGGUGGAAGCAGUGCAGGAUGGGGAUGCGACCGUGCAGGAGUUUUUCAGGCUGCUUGCCCUGUGCCACACUGUCAUGCCAGAGCAGAAGAUUAAGGGGGAGCUGCUGUACCAGGCCCAGUCCCCAGACGAGGGAGCGCUGGUCACGGCCGCCAGGAACUUUGGCUUUGUCUUCAGCGCCAGAACUCCUGAGACCAUCACCGUGGUGGAGAUGCGCAAGCCAAUCACGUAUCAGCUCCUUGCUAUCCUCGACUUCAACAACGUACGCAAGAGAAUGAGUGUCAUAGUGAGAACCUCGGAGGGCCAAAUCAAGUUGUACUGUAAAGGAGCAGACACCAUUUUGUUUGAGAGACUGAAAACAUCAGAUGAUGACCUCAGCUCUGUCACAACGGAGCACCUCAAUAUGUUUGCUGGGGAAGGGCUGAGAACACUUGUCCUGGCCUAUAGAACUCUGGACAGAGCUUUCUUUGAGGAGUGGGCGAAAAAGCUUCACAUUGCAAGUACUGUCCUGGAUGACAGGGAGGAGUGUGUUGAUGCUUUGUAUGAAGAGAUUGAACGAGAUCUGAUUCUCCUAGGUGCCACGGCCAUAGAGGACAAGCUACAAGAGGGUGUCUCUGAAACUCUUCUCAACUUAAGCUUGGCCAACAUCAAAAUCUGGGUUCUCACAGGAGACAAGCUGGAGACUGCUAUGAAUGUAGCAUACUCCUGUAACAUGCUGAGAGAUGACAUGAGCGAACUCUUCAUUAUAACCGGACCCACUGCUGCUGACGUCCAAACACAACUGAGGAGAGCCAAAGACCAUAUCACUGGACUGUCAACCCAACAUUCUAAACACCUGGACAAAGCAGAGAUGCCCAGACAAGACUCUGUAUUUGAGGAAACUACAUGUAUGAAUGCUGAAUAUGCGCUCAUUAUCAGUGGACAUUGCUUGGCGUAUGCCCUGGAAGCUGAGCUGCAGCUCCUCCUGCUGGACACAGCGUGUCUGUGCAUGACGGUGAUCUGCUGCAGGGUCACCCCCCUCCAGAAGGCUCAGGUGGUGGACCUGGUCAAGAGGCACAAGAAGGCCGUCACGCUGGCCAUUGGGGACGGGGCCAAUGACGUCAGCAUGAUCAAGACGGCGGACAUCGGUGUGGGCAUCGGUGGUGAGGAGGGCAUGCAGGCGGUGUUGGCGUCCGACUUCUCCUUUGCCCGCUUCUGCUACCUGCAGCGCCUCCUGCUGGUGCACGGCCGCUGGUCCUCCCACCGCAUGGGCCGCUUCCUCAGAUACUUCUUCUACAAGAACUUUGCCUUCACCCUCGUACACGUCUGGUUCGCAUUCUUCUGCGGGUUCUCCGCACAGACAGCAUACGACCAGUGGUUUAUCACUCUCUUCAAUGUUGUCUACACCUCUCUGCCAGUUCUGGCAUUGGGCCUGUUCGACCAGGAUGUGAGUGAGGAGAACAGCCUGCGCUACCCCAAGCUGUACGAGCCGGGCCAGCAGAUGCGUCUCUUCAACAGGGGCCAGUUCCUCCUCUGCUCCCUCAACGGCAUCGCCACCUCCCUGGCCCUCUUCUUCGUCCCCUACGUCACCCUCGGCCCCUCCCCCCACCACCACCACGGCACCACCGCCAGCGACCACCAGUCUUUCGCUGUCGUCAUAGCGACCUCCCUCAUCAUUGUGGUGAGCGUACAGAUUGGGCUUGACACAAACUACUGGACGCCAAUUAAUCAUCUCUAUGUUUGGGGAAGCUUGGCCUCCUACUUUGUCAUAGUGUUUUUCCCAUACGACAAUAGUGCCUUUCCAGGAUUACCUAAGCAUGUCUCCUUUUUUGGGACUGCACACAACUGCCUGACACGGAUUAAUGUGUGGUUGGUCAUACUUCUGACCACUGUGAUAUGCAUAAUUCCUGGGGUUGCGUUUCGAUUUAUACAGAGAGAGCUCUACCCAACCCUAGCUGAAAAGGUGCGCCACCUGCAGGUGAGUAAGAAGCAAAGCCCCCUGAAGCAGACGCGCAAGCGAGUGCGCAGGACCAGCUCCCGGCGGUCAGCCUACGCCUUCUCGCAUCAGGAGGGCUUCGGGGAGCUCAUCACCUCCGGGAGGAACAUGCGGGGCUUGCGGCCACCUACUCCCGGGAGGCUGCACAACAGCGCCAGCUGGGUGGAGAACAUGCUGAGGAGGCUCGGGGAACAGGGCAUGAGAUUAGGCUCUGCUAGCCCUAAAAGCAGCGCCAGUCCCAAAAGCACUGCCAGUCUCAAAAGUGAAAAGAGACAAGGAGACAUCAGAGAAAGCAUGUGAAAAAAGAUACAUUGACAUUGACUUAUGUGACGAGAGUUUUUUUUUUCAUCGAUUGCCUGAAACGUAUACGUUCAUUAUCAUGGGGAAGGUGGAUGUGGAAUACCGGUCAAAAGCAGAAAGUUUCAUUAAGCAUACGUAUUCAUUUCAUGUUCAGUUCAGUACCUCAGACAUUAUUGUUCUCCCGUAACAUGACCUUAUUUCAAGGUACGCUAAAAACAACCACUUUGGGCAACUAGGCCCACUUGAAUUUUGUUUUUUUUGAAAAGUUGAAUGAGCCUAGUCUGCCUGUCACGAAAGUGAAC